GCCUCAGCCGUCAUCGGUAGACCCUGGCUGUUCAUGGCUGGUCGUUCGCUGUCGAUCACUGGUCGUUUGUCGCUGGGCUCGGGACGUCCGUUGCUCUCAUAGAUAUAAAGACGUUGCUCUGAUCGCAGCUCCACCAACAUGUCGGUCACCAGUGGUAUGGUUCUGCUGGGCGUCGCGCUCAUAUGCCUGCAACUGAGUGCCCCUGCUGACUGUCACAACCAGGAAGGGAGCUGCCCCGAUGGCUGGGAGGGACCGCACCGGGACGUCUGCUACAAGCUGAGCGACACUUGGCUGAGCUGGUCAGACGCCAACGCCAUCGGGUGCCAGAACCUGACUGCCGGCGCCCACCUGGCUUCCAUCACCUACAGCAACAAGGCCUUCCUGAGCAAGCGGCACUAUCUGUCCAAUUCCGACUACUUCUGGGUCGGCCUACUCUCUGGUGACGACAAGUGGAACAUAGGUACUCCGGCCGAGGAAGAGGUGGACUUCACCAACUGGGAGACUGUGCAGCAUCAGGAACCCAGUGGUUCCUCCAUCACCAACGACGACUGCGUGCUCAUGGUGGGCCCCACCGCCACCGGAGAGUUCCGGAAAGGCGCCUGGCUCGACCGGUCGUGUGAUUACCCGUUCAACUUCCUCUGCGCAUUCGAACGGGACGACCCGAGCGUCGCGUGUCCUCGCUACUGGUACCUGUACGACAACUCCUGCUACAUGCUUCAUCACCAGGAUUGGAUGACCUAUACUCAGGCAAAUGAUUUCUGCUCCUCACUUGUCACCACCGCCUCUCUGGCCAAGGUCACCAACUACGAGGAGCUGGCUGCUAACGUGCCUCUGAAAGAUGCGGAUUUCUUCUGGAUCGGUCUUCGCUCGACGCCGACUGUGGACGGAAAACUGCUGUGGAAUAACGGUGACGAGGCGGAGCCGACCAACUGGCUGAAACUCUCCUACUCCGAGCCAGACGGCGACGACUUUGGACCUGGGAACGACUGUGUCAUGGUCAAUGGUCUGCAGGCGGAGGAGCAGUACGCGGCCGGCCAGUGGGGCGACUAUGACUGCAGCUACGAGUCCCAGUUCCUCUGCGCUCUGGAGAUCUGAAUUAGUUGGUAACCAUGCCACUGAAUAUAUAGUCUACGAAUGUUGCGGUCUUAGUUUUCAGUUUUCAGUUUCAGUUCAGUUUCAAUUAGUUUUUAGUUAUCAGUUUCUUGUUCGUUAGGAAAGGUGCGUUUGAAUAAAGAAAAUUAACCCUCGCCCGUAAACGGUGUUUUGCCGUUUACGGGGGGUUGGUGCGACCCCA